AUGCACAAAUUAUCAAGCGGAGGGUCCCUAUUACCACCACUACAAUUAGAUAAGAUAAAAAAUAUAUAUGAGGAUGAUUUGUCGAUCAUGGAAAUGAAUAAACUAACUCCAGCGAGUAAGGAUGAUGGUAAUGACAUAUAUAGUAGCGAUUUAGAAAGUGGAAAGAUAGGGAUUUGUAAUUAUACAUCCUCUGAUACAGGAUCCAUACCACAGGAACCUCAAGGUUCAGGUGCAAAUUUGGUUGGAAAUAUGAAUUUAAGUGAUAUAAAUCCAAGAUUGUCACAUUCUACUUUAAUACCAAUAAAUUGGCAAUAUAGUGUGGAUGAAAAGCAACUAGUUCAUUCAUAUAGUGCAGAUAUUAACUAUGUUAAUUAUUUUGGAAAUAAUGUGCAAUAUAGUAUGUACAAUAAUCACAAUACAGAUCCUAAUAAAUCAAAUAUAAAUCAAAGAUUUUCAAAAAUAAGAAGGUUUUCAUCAAUUCCUAAAAAAUUUACAGAUAAAAUAAGAAAUACUUUACAAUCUUUGAUUAAAUCUCAUAAUGAAGAGAAAUUGAAAGAUUUAAAUUUAGGAAAUAAUAUGACUAGGGAUAGUUUAUAUGAUAAGAAAUUAACUAGAUUAAAUGGAGAUUCAAAUAAUUUAAAUAAUAAUUCUUCUAAUAAUUAUAAAACAAAAUUAGAAGAUGUUAAGAGUUUGAGUUCUAUACAAGAUAUACAAGAACAAAUGACAUUAGAUCAUUUAGAAGAACAAUUAAGUAUUAGAUCUGGGACAAGUUCAUUAAAUAAUUUAAGGAAAAUUUCAACAUGUAAUAUUUCUGAUAAUAUUGAAGGUUCUAUACAAAAUAUGGAGUAUGUACCUUAUAUGAUUGUUCAAAACCCAAAUUACGAUAUUUAUCCAGAAAUUCCCUUACAUAAUAUGAAACCUUUUACAAGUCCUUCAUCUAGCCCUAAUUUUUUUAUACCAUCUCCAAGAACAAUGGAGAUGAUAUCACAAGAUCAACAUAAAGGGACUUUUUAUUUAGAUGAAACUAAUAAGUUAGUAGAUAAAUCAGAUAUGGAUAUAAAUUUAUUAUAUAAGUAUAAUAUAAAAGAUUUGAAAAUGGAUAAUAAAGAAAUGAAUAACAGUGGUAUACAAAUAUCUAAUAAAACCCAUAUUGAUCCAUCUAGUAAUGAUGAUAUGGUAAUCCCAACUUUUGGAUCUAAUAUACAGCUAGAAAGUUGUAAAGAUAUAGAUUUUAAUCAAAAUAAGAUCUCUGAUUUUUCAAAGAAAUAUAUUGGACCAUCUAUUGAUACAAAUAUGUAUAUUUUUACCCCUAGAGAAGAUAAGAUAGGUAUGAAUAAAAAAGUGGAUUAUUUGAAUUUUUUAAAGAAAGAAGAUUUUAAUAAUACAGAGGGUCCUAUUAAUAAGAUUAAGACUAAACCAUCAAUGAAUCCAAAUUUAUUUAUUACAACUCCGAAAAAGCCUAGAAAUACUGAAGAUGAAAAUUUUAAAGAAUUUAGAAGUAAUAAACAGAUUGAUCUAGAUGUAGGAAUUUGUAAAAACCCAAAGGAGAGUGACAAACCUUUACAAGAUACUUCUAUUAUAACUGAUGUUAAUAAAAAUAGAACAAAGGAUGUAUUAAAUAUUUCAGAGUUACCAGAUAUAAAUGAAAAAGAAUAUAAUAGUAUAUCUGAUCAUAAUAAUACUAAAAUUUAUUUAGGACCUUCUUCUACUCCUAAUCUAGUAAUUCCAACUCCAAGAUUAGGAUUAGAGGUAGAAAAAGAACAUAUAAAUGAUAGAAAAGAAUUUUUGGAUUCUAAGAAUGAAAUAAGAUCUAAUAAAAUAAUAGAUCAAAAAAAAGAAAUGGAUAUUGAAGAUACAAAUAAAGAUGAAGAUAUUGAAACUAGAGUAGAAGAUAAUAAAAAUAAUGUGUCAACUUCUCCUCUUGCUUUUUUAAAAAAUAUAAAGCCAAUUGUCCAUUCUAAGAAAUUAAAAGCUUCAAAUAAACAGAUAAUAAAUAAGAAUUUUAACCCUAAUACUAUCCCUAUAUUACUUGAAGAGAAAAGCCCCCAAUUGAACUCAUCAUCAAUACAUAUUGGACCAUCUACUGAUCCUUUCCACUGUAUAAUAACACCAAGGACAUAUGAUAAAAAACAGAAUGAAAAAGACUCCGAACAAAAUAUAGAUAAUUUGAAGUAUUUAUAUAUUAAUAAAGUUUCUGAUAAAGUUUCUGAGACUCCCACUUUAACAUCUAGUAUAUAUGAAUAUACAUCUAUUUAUAAUGUAAAUGAUAAUUUAAAAGAAAAAUCAAUUAAUAAAAUUCCAGAGAUAUUAAAUAUAUUUAAUUCAGAAAUAAAAGGAAAUUCAGAUGUUAAUAUUCAACAAUCAAUGGACUCUAAUAAAGUAAUUAUAAAUCCCAGAGAACUUGGAAUUAAUAAAAGUGUUUCUAGUGAAGAUAAAAAUAAUGAUAAUAUUUUAUUAUCCAUAGAUAAUUCUAAAAUAUAUAAAGAACCCUUAAUAACUCCAGAUAUAGUUAUUCCAAAUUCUGAAGAUAAAGAGUUAGAUAAUAUACAAUUAAAAAAAGAAAUUAUCGGAAAACAAAAAGAUAUUAACUCAAAAAUUAUUGAAUAUCCAAAUAUUCAUAUUGGGCCUUCAUUAGAUACAAAUAUGUCAAUUCCAACCCCUAAAAACUUUAUAAGUUCCAAACAAAAUGUUUAUAAAGAGCCUUCUACCUAUAUACCUAAAAUUUACAUAGGGCCAUCAUAUACCCCAAAUUUUUUUAUUCGAAACUUUAGAGGACAAUUAGAUAAUGAGAUAAUAGAGCAGGGGAAUAGUGCUAUUAAUAACAAAUCACAAAAACAGUUUGAUCAAAUGUUUGUUAGACCCUCUACUAAUCCAUACCUAAGUAUUUUGACUCCUAGAAAAUUGAGUCAAGUAGAUAAACAACUAAGUUCUAAUAUUAUAAAUCUAAAAAACAUUUCAGAUGUAGAAUUAAACUCGAAAUCUGAAGAAAAUAAUUCAGAAACUAAAAUAAAUUUAUCAGAUAUUGAAAAUUCCCAAAAUAAAGAGGAAAUAACAAAUAUAAACAAAGCUAUAGAAACAAAUAAUAUUUCUAAUCGUUCAAAUUUAUUAAAGUUAAAAGCUGAAAACUCAAAAAGUAGGAAAUAUCAAGGAAUUGAAUCUAAUAAGUUAGUAUUUGAUGAUGAUUGCAAUAAAAUUGAAAAAAAAUCGGAUUCUGUAAAUGCAGAAGCAGAUAAUAAAUCUUUAAAUCCUGUAAGUAUAGAUACAAAUAUUAAAUUUCCAGAUUAUUCUAGGUUAAAGCCUACCGAAAUAAAAGAACCCGGAUUUUUUGAUAUUAUUCAACGUGCAAUAUUUGGGAAUUCAGAACAUAAUGAAAGUAAACAGGAGGAUUCAAAUAAAAAAUUAAUGAAGCAUAAGCAAAUUAAAAUUAAGCCUGGAAUUCACUUGGGUGUAUCAUGUAAUCCAUAUUUUUCUUUUCUACCACAAAAUCAAUCUAUUAAACUGGAUGAAGUACCAGAAAUUGUUAUUGAUAGUGAAAUACUAUUAAGUAAUAAUAAAUCUGUCAACAAUACUACUAAUUUCAUCAAUAACAAUGAAAUUAGUGCAGCAGAAAAUUCAUCUGAAGUUCUGAAAAAGGAAAAUCUUGAUAUAAAAGAACCAUUUAAUAAAAAAGUUCUUAAUAUAGACAAAUUUAGAGAUUUGAAAUAUAUCAAAGCUAUUGACAAUGUAGAAACUGAGACUAGAGAAUACAGUUCAAAAAUUUCUAGCUUGUUAGAUAACCAGAAAAAAGGUAUAGAUACUAGUAUGAGCUUCAAAAUACACACUGGUCCUUCAGCAGCUCCAAAUUUUGCAAUUACAACUCAUAUAGAAAAGAAAAAGCUCACAGAUGAAGAUUUAAGAGCACUUGAAGUAAAAAUAUCUGAGACUGAUAAAACUGUUAAAACAGAUACAAAAUAUGAUGUUUUGUCUUCAGUAUUAAACCCUAUUGUGCCAUGUGUUACAAAAGCUCAAUAUGAUCACAAAUUAGGGGAACUACCCGAAAAAAUCAAUAAAGUACAAGGAAUUAUUCAAAAAGUGUACUUUGGUCCCUCUUGCACACCUAACUUUGCAAUUCCCACUUUGUCUCAUAUAGAAAUUCCUGAGGAGAGUCUCAAAUCUAUUGAAAUAAAGACUUCUGAUUAUUUUUCCUUACUAGUGAAUAAAAAACCUAAUUUGAAGAUUUCAUUAAAUCCAUUACCUUUAAAGAACUUAGAAAAAAAUGAAGACGUUACAGUUGCAAUGAACUCAAAGGAUCACAUAUUUUCAAAGAUAAUACAUAAAAAUAGUGAUCUUAAAAAUGUAACGAGCCCAUUGAAUUUAAGGACUUUACAUAGUCAAGCUACUGAAACUUUUAUAAAUGAUCCCAAAGAUUUGAUCAGAGAUGACUCAAAAGUUCAAAUAAACACCUCACUUAAAUCGAAAUCAGGCAUUUAUAUAGGUCCAUCCACAGUUCCAAGUAUGAUGAUUCCAACCCCAAGAAAAUUAGAAAGAGAUUAUUCAAAAGAUAAUAUGGAUAAUCUUGUAACUAAAAAGAAGUCAUUAGAUUUUAAACCUUUGAUAUAUAAAGAACAAAAUCAGAAUGAUUACUCAAAAGAUUUAAAUAUAUCAAAGGAAUGUUUAGAAAGACCUAGUAUAAAGGAGAACCCAGACUUUUGCAAAGCUAAAAGAAAUAGUGUAAUAUUACCAACUUUUUCAAACUUGGCUACUAAGGGAAUUGAAAAGUCUAAUAAUUCAGAUGAAGUUUCUAAAACAUUAAUAAAUUCUGAUAAAGAUCAGAAAAUAUUAUUUGGACCAUCAGAUAAAAUAAAAAGUGCAUACUCUGAAACUUCUAAAGCCAAUACCUGUGGUCACAUGGAAAAUACUCAAGCUGAAGAAAAGCAACAGAAUAUAGAAUAUCCCAAGCUAUCCGAAGAUAAAAGUAGAAAUACGAUAAUCUUUGAUAAUUCUAAGCUAUUGGUGAAAGAUGAUAAAUCUAAUAUAGCUGUAGAUUUUAAACCUGAAAAUAAAUUUAAAAAAGAUCUAGAUACUAGAAUGAAGAUCUUAUCACAUGAUUCUAAUACCGUUUUGGAUUAUUUGAGAGAUGAAACUAAAAUUGAGACUUUAUCUAACGUUAACACUAAGGCUUUAACAAUAAGUGAAAAAUCUAAGAGAAGUUUGAAUUUAGAUGAAAUUAACAGAACAAACUCUAAGAACAUAAAAAAAUUCUUAAAUAAAACUGAAGGUGAGUUAAAAUAUAAAGAAAAACUUCCAUCUAUGAAGGGAGAUGGUAAUUUAUCUUGUAAUCCCAGCUUAGCUACUCUGACCUCAAAAGACCAUGAUGAAAAAAAGUGCUUACAUGAGAAAAAACAAAAUAUGAUAGAAAAACAUAAAGUAAUUUUGCACAAUGUUGAAAUUACAGAUAAGGAACAAGUUGAACCGCAAAGGAAUGUUAUACAGGAAUAUUUGAUAAACAAUAGAUCCUCCAAAUCAACAAUUAAUUUACCGACAUCUAUGCAAAUAAAUAGCAUGUAUAUUGGACCUUCUACAGAUCCAAACUUUAUAAUACCAACUCCUAGAAAAGAUUCGCACAACUUAGCCUCUAACUUAAAAUUAAUGAAGGUUAGUCCAGGAAUAUAUAUUGGUCCAUCGGCUAAUCCGAAUUUUAUGUUCGAAGCUCCUAGAAAACAGAGUCCUAGUAUUGAAUUAUACCCAAUUAAUUCCAUACAAAGAGAAUCUCCAAUAGCCGAAAAUUUAAGUUUUACACAUACUCCCUAUGGGUAUUGUUCAUUUCCAAUUAGAGAUUACGUAAUUCCUGUUUAUCCUAAUAGUGAAUUAGUUAAUAAGGAAAUUUACGAACCUAAUUUAGUGCAUACACUAUCAUAUGGAGGUUCUAUUACUAAAAGUUCAUUUUUCGAACCCUUUAGGUCAUAUACUAGCCCAGAUGGGUCAUUUAGUGCUUAUAAAAAAAUUCCAAUACAAACAGAUACAAAAGCACCUAUGAACAAUUUUGUAAAAUUAUUAUCAAAUAAUAUUGAUAAUCUUAUUAGUAAUAAACCGAAUAUAAUGGAAACUGGCAAGUUAUGCAAGGGUGUACAAACAAAAUCUACUGAAACUCUCACUGAUGAUUCCUCAAUUCAAUCUAGACGUACAAAGUUAAUUCUUCGAAAAUACAAGACCAUGAAUUGUAAUUUAACCAAUGAAGUAGAUAAUAAAUCUGAGCUGAAUGAUCCUAAUAUAAAGGAUCAAUUCUUUCCAAAUAAAUUUGAACCCUUAGUGAAAAAAAAAGAAAAUAGCUCAAGAUUUCAAGAUUUUUCCUCUUCAUCUAUAGUUAAAAGUAGAAAAGAUUUUGAAAAAGACGAAGUUAGGAGUCAGAUAAAGUGUUUGUCUUGCUCCAAAAUAAAAGAAAUACAAGAUUUAGGUCUAGAAAGUUAUCCCUUAAAUUCUAAUGUACUUUUGAAAUCAAGUAAUAUUGGGUCUAAUUCAAUUAAAUUUUCAAACGUUCUAAGUUCUAACCAGUCCAAGCUCUCUGCACUUGAUAUUCUCUUUAGUACAGACUUUUCACAACCUCCACAUAAGCAGUAUGAAGCUAAUAAAAACAAUAAAUUAAGUAUUUCUUCUAAUCAAGAGAAAAAUAAAGUUUUAAAUACUAUAAAAAGAAAGAAUUUAAAUAAUCUAUAUAUACCAAUAAUAUCGAAAGAUUAUAUUAAAAAAAUGGGAAACAAGUACUUAAAUAAAAAUAACUUUUGUUACCAAGGCAAUACAAGUACAAAUAUUAAUAAUAGAAGCACUGCAGUUUAUAACUCUUUCAAUAAUUUUCCUAAAAAUGUCGUAAGUUUAUCAAAUACUACCCCCUACAAGGACCUGAAUUGCAAUAUUAAUUUAAAACCAGACAAGAUUUUAACUGUGUCAGAUAUUCCGAUAGAUAACUUAUUUAAAGAAUGUCAAACAAAUGGAAAUUCUCCAAAUACUUUAAAUAAUUCACAGGAAAAUAGAUCUCUAAAAACUUUUCAAAUAUCUAAUAUAAAUUCAGUUGUACUAAACCAAACACCUACAAUUUUAACUCCUUUAGUAACUGACUCAAAUCCUAAUAGAAGCCCAGUUAGUCCUCAAAAUCUACUUCCUAGGAAGAAUAUACCUAAAUUAGAUAGAUUCUAUGAUAUGUAUGGAAUAAUUCGUGCAAAAAAUAAGAUUAGAAAAAGAAUGAAUACUACUAGAACUUUAAAACAUAGAAUAGAAUCUAAAAAGUCUCGUCAAUUAAAGUCAGCUAAAGAUAAUAUAAUGGGAGAAUCAAAUAAGAAACUUGUAAAAUGUAAGUGUCACAAAUGUAAAAAACACCUAAAUAUAGAUCCAAUAACUUUACAUAUUAUUAAAGAAGAAAAAAGGAAACAGAAGGAACUAGAGAAAUAUAAAAGAACAAUAAAUAAUGAAAAGUUAAAGGAGUAUAGCAAAGAGAAAUAUAAAAAGCUUAUGAAUUAUUUUGAGCAUUAUAUCGAUCAUUCUAAUUAUGCGUGUAAUAUUUGUAAUUGUCAUACUCCUGUAUUUGGUUUACCCCCUUUUUGCUUUUUACCUGUAAAUAUUUCUGAUAUCCCUAAGAUUCAAAGUAUAUUAGAAAAUAAUCAUGAUGAAGAAUCAAAUAUAUUACAAAUAUCAGUUAGAGAUCAAGGUUUAAGAAAUUCAGCUGAAUCAAAUCACUCACAAGUCCCUAUUUUGAUAGAGCCAAAAGAUGAGAAAAAACCAUAUAUAAGGCAAUAUCUUCAAUUACCUUCCACAAAAUCUAAGGAAAUUGAUAGAAACAAAGAAAAAAAAGAACUUAGUGAUAAUAGUAUGUCUGGUGUUGAAAUUGACUACCCUAGUGAAAGGCCUCCAACCAACUUAAUACCUAAAAGUAAGGUAGAGAGUAUUAGAAAUGACAGUGAACAUAAAUUAGUCCAGGAAGAAAAUAUUAAUAGUAAAAAAUCUCCUAUUGUAGAAGAUCAGAAUACAUCAAUAUUGUCAUGGUUUGAAUCAUGGUUUAGUAAUAAUAAAACUGAUCUCAAAAGUAACGAAAAGUCCAAGAUUUCCAGCAAGUUAAGGAGUCAAACAAAGAUCUCUUUGAAAAAUGGUUAUAAAAAAACUGCGGAAAAUUUGAAGAUUAAUUCGAAAGAGAGAAAAAAAUUAAGUUUAAAGAAAACAACUUUGGCUCCAAUGAAAGUCAUAUCUAUUGAAAAAAAAGAGGUUGCUGACAACGACACUAAAUCAAUACAGAAUAAUUUAAUGAAUAAAUAUAAUGAUGUAAGUACAGAUCCUAUUGAGGAUAAAACGAAUACUAAAUUGGAAAUAAAAGAAAAUACCAAAAGUGAUACAUUUCACGAAGUUUUAGAGACUCCCAGGUUAGGUAUGAAUAGUAAUACUAAAAUAGAGAGAUCUAUUUUUUCAAUAAAACAUGAUAUAUUAACUGAGAAGGGUGAGGAAAUAUCUCCAAAAAUAGCACAAAAGGGUACUACUUCUAAAGGAGUCCAUAAUGAAAAUAAACAAAUAACAGAAUUUAGUGUGGAUUCGAAUCCAGUGGUAUUAAGACAUUCACAGGGAUUAGUAGAUAAAUUGGUACCUUCCCCGGAGCAUUCAAGGGAAGUGAUGACAGAAAUGAAGUCCUCAAUAGAACCUAAGAAUGAGCCUGAACAUCCCAAAGGAGACAUUAUAAACUUAGAUAAAAAGAUCUAUUUAAGAAAAAUUGGUCAAUUUAUACCUGAGAAAAAACAAGAUAAAGUUAGCAAAGAAGAUUGUAAUCUAAAUCAAACUGAAGUAGAUUACUCCAAAGAUUCAAAUGAAUUAAAAGAAAAUUUGAUAUCAAAGGAAAUUACUAAUAAAGAUUCAAGAUCUAAUGAAAAUCUUAUAGAAUCCAAUACACUGAAAGAUUCAAUAUCUAAAUUAGAAGGAAAUAAAGAAGUUUCUAACAAUAUUAAUGUUCUUGAUAAAGCUCCAGCUUUGGUUUCGAAUGUUAAUACUACUCCUAUUAAUACUAAUAAUUCUUCAGAUUUAUCUACUAAAGUCUGUGUAAACACAGAUGAGAAUAUAUUAUCAAGGCAAAUCAGUAAUGCUAGUGUUAAAAAGAAGCAGAAUUCCCUCAAAAAAGUUAAUGUACGAAAGAGUAUUGAUAAGAUUUCUAGGAAACAAUCUUUGAAUCAGGAAAAUCAAGAUGUAGGUUAUUUCACAUCUUGGUUCUCUAGCUGGUUUUCUGGUGGAGCUACUCAAGAAACAAAUAAACUAAGUAAUUCUAAAGCACAAGACAAUUUAGUGAAAGACACUAAAGAUGUCAAAAAUCAUAAAGUUGUUGAAAAUAUAGCAAUACCCACUGGUAAUAAUGAAACUAGUAUAGCCAAGGAUACGAAUAAAGCAGUUAGUACAAAUGAGGGCCUUUCUAAUAGGGAAGCUGAUAAUAAAAAUAUUUCCGUCAAUAAUAUAGCAGCUGUAAGUAUAUCUAGCAAAAAUUUAGCAUUAGGGGAAAUAAUAAAGGGAGAUUUCAACGAUAAAAAAAUAAUUUCACGUACUUCUAAUAUGAGUGAAAAGCCUGAAAUUCCAGCAACUCUCAAAAGUGCAAAUAAUACAAAUAAAGAAGUAACAAAUGAAAUAGUAUUAGAAGGGAUAUCAGAUCAAUCUAAAGUAAGUUCUAAAACAAUUGAACCAUUUAUAAAAUCAGUAGAAGUUACAAAUAUCAACGCACCUAUAACUACUAAAAAUGAUCUUAACAAAACUGGUAUAUUUAAAGAGGGAGCUACUACCAAAUCAAGUAAAGAGAUAAAUAAAUCUGGGGCAUUAAAAAGAUCAACAAGUUCUACUACUGAAAGUGAACCUACAUCAUGGUUUCCUGGAUUAUUUAAUGAAUCUACUUCUAUUAUAUCAGAUAUAAAUCAGACAGAGAGUGUAUCUAGAGAUCUCAAGAGUACUGAAGAAAUAAGAUCAACAGUAGCAGUUCCAGCUUCUACAGAAGAAUCUACAUCAUGGUUUAGCAAUUGGUUUGAAACUUCUAAAACUGAAAAUAUUGAUACUAAUAAAUCUGAAAUUAAAACUAAAAACUUUAAAACGAGUAAAAAUUCCUUAUCAACAGAAACAUCCCCUGUUAUAGAAAAUUCUACAUCAUGGUUCAGUGAUUGGUUUGGGGGAUAUACAAACAAAAGUACACCAAUAAAGAAAUCCUCACAUAGAACAAGAUCAGUAAAAGCUACAAUAAAAAAGAAGGGUACGGAUAUGAAGGAAUUACAACCGAAACCUAAGCAGAUUCAAAAAAUAGUUCGAAACAAGACAAAAUCUUCUAUUAUACCUCAAUCAAAAGUGUCUGCAAGUCCACCUCCACCAAAAAUAUCUACAAAAUUUAAUAAGGAAGAUUCAGAAAUAAAAUCUAAGUCAAUUAAGGAUCAGCAAUAUACUCAGAAUAAUUCUUGGUGGUAUGGAAGUAACACUGAAUCUAAUACUUCACCUGCAGAUAAUUCUACACCUUGGUUUGGAGGAUUGUUUGGGACAGGGGAGGCUUCAGAUAAAACUCAGACAACUGUUAAUAAUGGUCAAGAUAAUGCAGUAUCCUCUACAGAUAAUUCCUCAACAUGGUAUUCUGGAUUGUUUGGAGGAACAACUCAACCUACUGUAAUUACAGAUGGUGAAAAGAACCAGGUUCAAGGAGAAAUAUCUAGUGCAAGUUCUUCCAAGAGUUCAGAAAAAAAAGUUGUAAAGACUACUAUUUCAGAGCAGGUAAGUAAUCCAGAACCUGAAACAGCAACAACAUCUAUGUGGGGAUGGUUCGGAGGCACUACAGCAACUACACAAGAUUCCACAGUUGCAGUAGAUAAGCCACAAGAACAAGAGGGAGGUGGUGUCUCUAGUUCUUGGUAUUCAGCAUUCGGAUGGUAA